AUGGCUCCGAAGAAGCAAGCGGUCGUUUUGCCGACCGAUAACCUAGUUAACGAUGGUGCUAAGGUGGUUUGGAGGAUUGGCAAAUGUAUUGGCAAAGGAGGUUUUGGUGAGGUGUAUCUAUGUGAGCAGAACAGUGGCAAAGCAGUGAGCGUCUCAGCGCCGUAUGUGAUAAAAAUUGAACCUUCAGGAAGUGGACCCCUCUUCGUCGAAAUGCACUGCUACAUGCGAGUCGCGGGCAAAGACCAAAUUGCGGCCUGGGUAUCUCAGAAGAAGCUGGAUUACCUUGGCAUGCCCAUCAUGCACUCGAAAGGCACGUACGAAGUUAAUGGCGUUACUUAUCGUUACAUUGUACUUGAUAGGUAUGCUGGUGAUAUGGAAGGAAUCUGGAAGCAAAACAACGGAGUGAUGCCAGUGAAAACUGCAUUAACAACGGCCAUUCGUGUUCUGGACGUGCUAGAGUAUUUACAUGCCAACAGUUAUAUUCACGCAGAUGUAAAGGCGUCUAAUAUUAUGCUGGGGCUCAAGGACCCCAAUAAGGUGUUUCUACUGGAUUUUGGUCUGGCUUGCAAGUUCGAGAGUAAAGAGGGUGAUCACAAAGCUGAAAAACAGGACAAGAAAAAGAUGCAUAAUGGGACCAUUGAGUACACAUCGAGAGAUGCGCACAAAGGAUUGGAUACACGACGUACAGAUAUAGAAAUUUUGGGUUUUAAUCUUUUGCAUUGGCUUACAGGGAGAUUGCCCUGGCUCAAACUCAUUAAGGACUGCAAAGCUGUCGCAGCGGCUAAGGAGGAUCACAUGGCCGAUGUCAAAGCAUUGGUAGUCAGCUGUUUUGGAGCGCCCAAUAAGACCAUGAUUGACUUCAUGACAGUAGUGGCAAAUAUGGGAUUUGCCGAUAAACCGGACUAUGAUAAAUUGCGCAGCAUCCUUAAAGAUGGUGUAACUGCGGAAGGACUGAAAUAUGAUGGAAAAAUUAGUGCUAGUUCUGAUAAAACCGCCGUCAAAAAGGGGCGUACGCGAACUUCGGCCGAAAUUGAUUCAUUAGAAGACCGGGUAGCAAACUCGCCGGUGCGGAAAGCGCGCGCGAUUUCUAAAUCACCGGCUCUAAAGCCAGCAAUACGUGGCCAUGGCAAGUCUCCCGUUUGCAGUGCGCCCGCAGCUGCUAAGUCACCCGUCCGUAAGACAAGUAGGGAUAUAUCCCCAGCUCGAAAGGCAGCCGUUGCCAAGUCUAGUACCGCCCGUAGGGCCGGCAACGUUAAGAAAAAGGCGGUAAGCACUACAACUUUCCUCAGUCCCGACUCGGCGUCAUCAAGCUCAAGCUACGAGAACAUGACGCCGGCCAUGAAAGCCGUUUACGAGAUGAAAAAGAAGAAAGAAGCGCUGAAAGCUACUAAAGUUGGCAAGGUUCGCUGA